UCCUGGAUGUAUUGACAAGGCCAGGAUUCCGGCCACCAGCACAAUCGUCGUUGCCGUUAUCGGCGAUGUCAGGCCCCUUUCUAGUUCAAGCUGGUACACAGCCAAGUGGUACGUCUGCAGCAGUCGCACAGACUGUUGCAUCUUCUUCUUCGGGUCCAGCGGUGGGAGCUACACCACCGCAACAACCUGUUCCUCAACAGGCACAGCACCAAGGUCAAUGGUACCCUAAGACCCCAAUGAAACUGCCUCUUGCUUUCUCAGGCGAGAGAAAGGACGAAGAGCUCAACACUUGGUUGAGGACAAUCCCGUUUUGGGUGAAGGCCAAGAGGACCUUGUUGGAGGACGAAGUGGUUACCGCUGCUUCUUACCUCGAGGGUAAGGCAGCCAAAUGGCUAGAUGGUGUAAUUGUAAAAGUCGGGUACGGGCGACGCAUGGCGGACUGGGCUAAGUCUUUAGCGUUAGACCUGUUCAUGGAGAUGGUAGAAGCUCGAUGGCAUAAUCCACAGGAGGCACAAAGAGCCACUGAUGCGAUUAACAAGUUAGACCAACGAAAGUUCAAGUCGGUUAGAGCGACUACCGUUGAGAGCCUGAUCCUCGUUUCAGGCAUCAACUACAGUGACCAGUUCCCGUUAACUACGUUUGUUAGAUGUCUUCCAGAGAACAUCAGGAACUUGCUAGCCAGUGAGGCACGCGUCGAGUACCAUUCGUUUGAGACAUUGUCUAGGAAAGCCUUAGAUUUGGAGGCCACUCUAAGCAAUGCUCAACCCUCCCAGAACGACACGAAGAAGAAGAAGAGUCCUCAGGAGUGGAAGAAGACGGGGGUGAAGUUGAUGAUGGUUGAGUCCGAUGGGACUCAAACGGAAAUCGAUGAGCUCACUGACCUAAUGGACUACGACGGUGAGGAGACCGCUGAGGGUAGCACCCUCGCCGCAGUUGUAAAGGCUAAGGCAGGUGGCCGAGGGAAGGGCCAACCAAGGAGUCAAGGCCAGUAGUAUUAUAGAUACCUAUGGCUGCUUGUGUGCAUCAACGUUCUACAAUUACUAUAAGCAAAACCAAGAG